AUGGCAGAGGGUAAGGAGGCCCGCGAUCGCAGUCUCAGCCCAGCUCUGGGCGACGGGGAAAGCGAAUCUCAGCUUGGCCUAAGCAAGACCAACAGUAAUGGCACAGAUAGCAACAUCGCAGGGCGAAAACACAACGGCACAUUCAUGGGCAUGAUACGACGGACGUCACAGAAUGUGGGCACAUCAGUCGCCGCAUCCGUAGGUGCUUACCUGCCGACCGCUGUAUCUGAACUGUGGGAGCCGGCGCGGGAUUUUGCGUGGUUGAAAAUUCCGAAAGCGGCGCAUUCGCCAGGCGGUAGUGGAGGGCAGUCCUUGAGAAGUGUGGUCGCCGUGAGCAGCAAUAGCCCGCAGGUCAUGGUUGUGACAAACGAAGGGAGGUUUUACGUGUUUGGGAUCGACCUAGAGAAAGGUGGGGAGGGGACGCUCAUGAAGGUUUAUGAGAUUGGGACGGAGGGGGAGAGAUUAGGUGCCAGUGUAAUUGGAGACUAA